AUGUAAAUCAGUCACUGCUUCACUCUGACAGCUGCCUGAGCAAAAACCUUCAAAUUCCAAAUCAUCACAGAGAGCUACUUCAAGAGCAAGAGCAAAAUGAAAUCUGCUGCAGCUUUUGUUCUUUGUCUGCUUGUGGUGCACGUACAAGGUCAGGCCAGGUCUGGUGUAAAGAGGUGCUUAUGUCAAGGUUCUCAGGUGAACAUGGUUCGUCUACAGCGUGUUGAGAAGAUUGAAAUUCAUCCUGCUGGUCCAGCUUGUGAAAACAUGGAAAUUAUUGUCACUUUGAAGAACGGGGCAGGGCAAAAAUGCUUGAACCCAGAAUCCAAUUUUGCCCAGAAUUACAUCAAGAAGGCCAUUACAGACAGGAGCACCCAGUAAAACACAAUGACAAUGAAGAUGGAAGAGGAGACUGUGAACAUCCUGCAUUAAGACAGUGUUAAGCCCUUUUAACCAUAAAUACUGUAUAUAUGUACAUUCAAUAUGUAUAUGUAUGUAUUUAUUUUAUAAUAUAUAAUGGCAUUACAGAAUAUUUUUGUAUUUUUUAUGUUUUAACUGCUGUCUGUGUAUGAAAUAUAAAAAAAGUUGUUCAUGAUGCUUCCUGAAACUGUUAAAAAUGUACAGUGCUCUUUUUUUGGCAACAUGCCAUGUAAGUGUUUAAAUAAACAUCUGCCCAGUAGCGCC